AUGCCUCGUGGGCAUUACCAUAUAAGUCACAGCAAAUAUCACAGCAGCAGCAACAGGAAGGAUGGCACGGAUGGUAAGAGAACCAACCAGCGGGGAAGCAAGCCGCAAGAGAAAUUCGACCAGUUCUGGUUCUGCCAUAUGUGUGGUGACGGCCCGAUGACUACCGAAAUUGUCCUCGUCUGCCCAGAGUUCUCUUGUAACCACCAGCGCUGCGAGGAAUGCACUGUGCAGUUGUAUAGAUUCUCCAGACAUGGAAACCUUUGGCCUUCGACAUCACCAAACCCCGACAUAUCUCCCCAAUCGAAAAGCCAACCUGUUGUUGUCGAUUUAGACGAAGAUCCACCGUCACUGCUUGUACAGAAGUCCAGUGGAUCAGACAAUUCUCCGAAAAAGCUACUUGUCAAUAAAGAUAAUUAUACUGACUGUGGCAACGACUUGGCUAAAGCGCAAGGAAAGAAUGGAAAGUUGCCACCAUCAUUCAGCCAAGCCCUCACAAUUCGCGUUCUAUCCUCAACCACAGAAACCCUCAAAGCCGCAUUGUCCUUGCCACUCAUAGCAGUCCAGGUCGCCAACUCCACAGUAGCAGUCCUUGAUCCCAUCUGGACCAAAGCGAGCAUCGUCUGCGUCGCCGCCACAGCUAUAGCAACAGUCGCCAUCAAUGGUGUUAACGCCAACACCGCUCGAAGGGUAGCCGACAUCAAUGAGCGCUCUGUUGCCAUUGCUGGUCGGGCUGCUAAUGCGAGUGAGCAGAACGCGCUUACGGCACUGUCUGCUGCCGAAACAGCGGCAAGGAGGUUGGCGUUUGAUCAGGAGGAGAGUUUGAAGGAGAAGGAAAAAGAGGUGGGCAAAUCUGACAGUACUACGAUAAAGGGUGAUGGAAAUGGGGAGGCUUCAAAUAGUACUGCUCAGAGUAAGAGAUUACUUCCUAUUAGCGUCUCCGCAAAACCAUCGUCAACCCAAACGCGAUUGGACGCUGACAUCAGGGCACGCUACAAAGAGCGCGAACGCAAGAAACAAGAAGAGACAGAGAAAAAAGCGAGGAAUAUCCAGAUAUUUAAGAAGUUGCUUCAGGAACCUUUCAAUGGUGUUUCUUCUGCGAAGGAGAAUGAAUUAGAUGGGAGAUUGAGGGAGCUGAGGAAUAGGCAGUAUGAGCAUGGUGAAGGAGUGAAGGAGAGUGAGAGUGAGAGUGAUAGGGAGGAUUCGAGGUGGAAGGGCAAGGGUAAGGAGAGAGAUAUGGGGAGAGUAUACUCUAGUUCUUCGACGCCUGGUUGUGCUGAUAUGGGUGGAGAGGGGGAUGGGGAGAGUGAGGAGGGGGUUCCGGGCCAAGGACCUUCCACCGGACUCCCCACCUCUACCUCGAUUUUGGGGUUUGGUGAGGUGGGGUAUCCUUCUGUAAAGGAGGCUCUAAGAAGUCCUCUCUCCCAGCCAUCAAUUUUCCCUGCAGCUCUAACCCCAAAGCUAACAAAUGCGGGAAAGCAAGACUUCUAUCAGUCAGAAAGCAGAGCAUCGUUACAUCGUAGCGUAAAUCUAACUGAGCGGGAAGACAGUUACCUCGAUACCCUCCCCCUAUCGUCAGCCAAUGGAACCUCCCCCUCUAGCCCAGAUUAUGCUGUUGCGGAGAUACAUCUCGAGACCCCAUCACCGACUGAGUCUGCAGCACUAGUAAACGAAACCCCUACCUCUAAGCCUGGGGUUCCUCCAACGGCAAUCAAUGCACCCUCGUUGGAAGUAGUGGAAGGGCGAGAACAAAGGAAGGAGGUGGUUACGAUAAAAAUUACCAGUGGCGAAGUGACAUCAAAAGGUGGCCAAGAUGCGACUUCGUGGCUGCCACCAAAGCAGACCUAG